CUACUCAGUAGGGUUUUCUCAAGUGACUCAUUUUGUCAUACAGAUCUAGGUAAGAUUAUCAUUCGAUAACCCGUCAACCCGACAUAACUCAACUCGACUCGACCCAUAUCAUCGGUAAAAACCAGCGAGCAUGUAUGGAUUCGGCUGAAAUUUCAAAAACACAAACAAUCUCCUGGCGGGUCAAUUGAAUUAGAAAUCCCGAAUUCCGAACUCAAAUUUACAACAUCCAGUAAAAGUGUUCCCGCCCCAACAAUUGAAAUCGCCUUCUUCUUCUUCCCCAACCCCGCUCUUUCCCUCUUUCACAUUUUCCAUUUCCAAACCCUUCUAAACCCUCUAAUCCAAAUUCACCCACUUUUUUCUUCCUUCCAAUUUCCCCCAAUUUUCCAUUUUUCCGCGCGAAUUUCUACAGUGCUGAACAACACUUUCAAUUGUCGCCGUUUUUUCGGAUUUUCUCUCUCCAAAGGGUUUAAAAAUUCAAUCGAUUUCAUAUCUGGGUAUUUUCUGGGUAUCGCGAUUUCAUAUCUGGGUAGCUUUUGCGUAGUAUAAAUUAAUGGGGGAGGAUAAAUCUGGAAAGUUACACGAUAAGGAGAAUCGUCCUGUACUGGGUAAUAUAACAAAUCAACUUGGAAAACGAGGGUUUUCUUUGAUUUCUCGUAGUCCGCCUUCUAAAUCUAAGAGCAGUAACAGUCAAAAUGCGGAUGAUACUGAUAGUGAUUCUAAUUUCUGGAAGCAAGUUUCUUUGGUUGUCGAGAAAUUAGAGAAAGAGAGGAAUAGUACUCCGGCAAAAUGCCCUAAAAUUGUUAAUGAAGUCGGGUUAUCGCCGUUGAGGGGCGGCAAGACUUACCGAUUAUUUAAUACUUCCGGCGAUACUCGAAAGGGUUUGCCUAGUAAUGUUGCUAGUGAGUGUAAAGAGAUGGCUAGUUCUGCGUUGGAUAACAUAGAUUUGGAUGCUGUAAAUGUGGGUGAGUUUGUGAAAGAAGGUUGUGUUUCGGAGGUGAAAGCCGGUGAGAGCUCGAAAUGUUGUGAGAGGGAUUGUGUUGAGGGCGGGAAGGAAUGUCAAGGAGAGGAAGUUAGGGAAAUUUCUGAUUCUGUGGGAAUUGAUUGUGCUCGUGAAGUGCUAGGUGGUACUGAAGCUGCGAGUGACAAUGGUAUGAAUCCUGGUGCUGAGUGCUUGAAAACUAGUCAAUCUGAAUCAGUUGUGAGUUCUAGAUUGAACGAGACUCAGGAGAUGAAAGGAUUUGGAUUGCAGAGAUGCACAGCACUAAAAGAGGAUGGUAGUGGUAUGCUCAAGCAUUGCUCAUGCUCAUUUUGCACAAAAGCUGCUUAUAUAUGGUCUGAUCUGCAUUAUCAGGACGUGAAAGGCCGGAUAUCAGUAAUGGAGAAAAGUCAGAAGGAAGCAAGCAAGUUGGCUCAAAGAUAUUCAACAGAAAAUGAAAUUGGAAGCCACACCCAAGAGAAUUUAACUAAUGUCACACAAAUAGAGGCUGAUCUCACGAAUCAUUGGAGGUCUCUAUUUCUUCACAUGGAGGAUGUGUACAUUAAUGAAGGCAAUCAACUACAAAACAAUUUUCUUGCGUUGAAAGAUUUAAGAGAGGACUAUAAGAUGAAUUUAGAGAUGAUCAAUGGAGUGCCAUCGGAUGUGCAACAAUGUUCAUCAGAUACUUCUGAUCGUACGAUAGUCUAGGAAGUUUGGUCUCUGCAGGUUUGUCUUGUUCCUUCCCCACAUCUCAACUUAGGAUUGUUUAAUAGCUCAAAGCACAUCCCUGCGUGAUGUCAUUAGCGUCUGUAGUAGCUGUAUUAAUGUAAUACUACAAAUUUCUGCCAGUAACACAAUUUGCCAAAGGUGAUAAUGGAAAUUGUGUUUCCAGGUUAAUGCUCCAUCCUUAUUUGGGUAAUGAAUUUGAGUUGAAUUGCAUUC